GCCCCGCAAUGCCUGGCCCUUGGUUGCUGCUCGCCUUGGCGUUGACCUUGACCGUGGCUGGUAUUCCGGGAGGCCGCGCCCAGCCGGAGGUGGCUCAGCACGAGGCCGGUGAGCACGCAGGCCUGGACGACCUCUUGCGGCAGGCAGAGCGCCUCCUCCUCCUCCAGGAAGACCUCCUGCGUCUGCGAGGGAAUCAGGACGAUGGAGAAUCAGAGUCCCAGAUCAUUCAACCCGACUGGCUCUCCAAGCGUCAGCAUCCUGGCAAAAGGGAGGAGGAGGAGGCAGAAGACGGAGUUGAAGAGGAAGAAGAAGGAGGGGCCAUGGGCCCCCACAAGCGGCAGCACCCUGGCCGGCGGGAGGAUGUGGCUGCAUGGUCAGAGGUAACCCAGCAGAAGCGGCAGCACCCUGGCCGGCGCUCCUCCUGGCUUGGGUACUCUUUCACCAAGAGGCAGCACCCAGGCAGACGGCUGGUGGAUCCCAAGGCCCAAAGGAGCUGGGAAGAAGAGGAAGAGGAGGUGGAGGAGGGAGAGCUGAUGCCUGAGAAACGCCAACAUCCGGGCAAGAGGGCUCUGGGAGGCCCAUGUGAGCCUCAGGGAGCCUGUGGUCAAGCCAGCCUCCUGCUGGGGCUCCUGGAUGACCUGAGCAGGGGUCAGGGGGCUGAGGAGAAGCGGCAGCAUCCUGGGCGGCGGGCGGCCUGGGCCAGGGAGCCCCUGGAGGAGUGAACCCAGCUUCCUAUCAAGUUUGGGGUCUAAGAAUGUCUUAAGUCCUGUGGGUCCUAUUCCCUUUGUGACCCCUUCUUUCCCUCCUCCUUAGAUCCCUGACCAUAAACCCGAGCCCCCUGUAUGUACAACACCCAGUUCUCUGGCCUUGUUCCCCCUCCUCCUUCAGGGAGAUGAGAACGGGAGCCUGAAUUAAAACCCUGGAUUUCCCCACUUUGCACUGUUGGCAGGGGACAGAUCCCAGAGUCCCUCUCCCCGCACCCCCACAGGCUGCUCCCCUUCCUUAGCCCUGGCUAAAAAUGACCCUUCUGUGUCUUUUAAGGGAUCCCCAGAGAGGAGCAGGGUGACUGGGUCCAGCAGCCAGUGAGGUCAGGGUGGGAUUGAAGAUGUGAUGUCCAAAUCCAGUGUCUAUCCCCUGCUCCAUGAGUCAAGAUUUGCCACAUGUCAACUUUAUUUACCUCCAGAACUGGGGGUCUCCUCUGCUUCUUGGGCCUCCUUUUUGUGGGUGUGCAGAGCCCUGACCCAUGGCUAUGUUCUGCUUAGGGGAAUGAUGGCAGGUGGAGGCAUCCUGUGCUGUGCUGUGUGACGGUUGUGGGAAUAAAGAUGUGCGGGCGUAUGUAAACAGCCCUGAAUGCUGAACUUGUAUAUAACCAUCUAGGCACCUUCCCCUUGUCCGUGAUCAUCAUCUGAAUGAUAA